GAGCGUCGAUCUACGUUCGGUCAUAUUCGGAGGGUAAAAAUUGUAAUAUACGUCAUAAAGUGGCAUUGAGAUUCACGCGUGCACAACAAUCUCAUCCAGAAUUCAAUAUGUCCAUGCGAUACGAACAGCCGCGUGUGUGCAGCAAACUUCGCGAGGGCAGGGUUUGUUAGCAUUUCGGUGUAGUAGCUCGGAUAUACGCAUCAAUAAAGUAUACGACCGGAAUUUAUUGCACAGUACUACCUGAAAUUCAAUUAUUCCAGGCAAGCAGAUCGAGAGUGGCUAAAAUUUCCGGUGUAAAUAAAAGUGAUUUUCCACCCGUAUGAUGAUAUAUUUUUCGAAAAACGUUUACAACAAUAUCGAACGAUUUUCUAAUGAAUCUCAACGCUUCUCUCGAAAUCUCCAGUCCAAAGUUAUCGAGUCUGUUGAUCGUGGUAUUUAUGCCUACGAAAUAGUGUCCCGCAAUUAAGCCAGUUUAUCUAACGAGCGUGAGAGAAAUAGCUCAAAAGCCAGUUUCCUUGUUUCCCAAGAGACGUUUUGAUGGAUCGAAAAAAAGAAAAGCUUCGCCUCGCUCUGCAGUGACAGGAGAAAGACGCUUAUCUUUUGUUUUUCGCAAACGUUUUGCUGCGUCGAAGAAAAGCGUGCAAGAGGAUUUUGCCCACAACGCGGCUCGAGUUAAUAAUACUUUGCGUCCGUUGAAAAAUAAAAUGAAGCGAAGUGACCUCGAUUUUUUUCAUUCCUGCGGCGAAGAAUGAACGCUGUGCACCCAGAUGUCUGAAAUUUCGUGAGGUUAAACACGUGUUUCUCCAAUUAUUCGUCGGUCCAUUUCUCUCGGUGUUUAUGAAUCGGAUUUAUCGUGAACAGUAUCUCAGUGAAUGGAUGCACAAGUGACGGAGGGAGGGGCAGCCAAGAUGAAAAAACGAAAGGAUUUAACGUCUCGUGUCGCAACAUCAAUUAACGCUUCCGCAGUUUAUUGUUACUCGAAAAAGUUCCUGGCAAAAUGAGACUUUUUCAAAAAGCCUGACACGAAUGAAGAAGUGUUGGAAAAUUGCUCGAAAAAUGUGUCUCCACAGCAAAUGUUUCACCCAAAUUGACUACCACUGAGACAGUAGAAGUUGUGCAACAUUAUACCGAAGAGCAAAAAACAUAUUCACUGUUUUCUCAAUGACAAUCAACAUUCGACACUUUUAUCGACGACUGUUUUUAUUCAAUGUGCAGCAAAAAAAAUGCCCGCAUGGCUCGACCCUCGCGGUUUGUCAUUACUUAUGAUUCAUCGAUAUUUUAAUAAGUCUCAUCCGCUCGGAGUCAGCGUGUAUUUAUCACCGUGUAUUUCACCGCGACCCUAUACUCGCCGCAUCGUAUAAUUACCAUUGGUAAUAUGCGCACGUUUCGAGUAAAUCUCAUAAUAGUUUACUCGUACAUUCGCACGCAUUUAUAGCGUUCUCUACAGUUCCGGUGAAUAUACGAAAAGUGUAAUAAAUCCGUAUUCAGUGGCAGACUCGAUUCAAGGCUCUGCUGUCGAUAUUCAUUCGGUGAUCAAGCAGCGUUCCCAAAUCGAUUGGAACAUUUAUUUGGUUUCAGUCAUUUAGUUGCGCGUUUCGAAGCCACUCGAGCUGCAGACACACUCGUAUGACACACGGAGAAAACGGAUUCGUUUUGAAUAAAAAAAUAUGGAAGACGACACUACAGAAAUCAUUAAGACCAAGGACACUGAAUAGGCGGUUAUCAUCAUCGACAUUGAGACCUGUUUGUUCGACCACGUGAUCCGCAUAGUCUUGGAUUAAUUAAUCGAGAAACGUACGAAAUUACAAGACGCCGAGGAGCAAGAGGAAAGCAAUGAGCAACAUCUUUGAGGUCAUGCCAACCGCACGUGCGGAAUAUCGUCUCGUUUCGCUUGCGGUUGCUUUGGAACCACUGGCGGAUGCACCGACAUUUAGCCAAUCCUCGAGCAAGAUCAUGUUCCACAGACCAGUGAGAACGAAAGAGGAAACGGAUGUCGAGACUGCAACGACCCGACGUCGAUGACACUCGAAUGAUUGAUUCGAUGUAGAUAUUUACACCGCGGUCGUCUCCACCCUCGGUUGCACUUUUUAUCCUACAUAUCCACCUCUCUGCCACGCACAUGUAGUGGCUAAACAGGAAUCGCGGAGGCUCGCCACACUCAACAUCGCAUUCGAUCGACUUGUUGAGCAGUUUGGCAUCGCGCUUCCGCGGAGAAUAAUGAAAGCGAGUCCGUCGACGGGUUCGACUGUCAUUCGUCAAGCCGACGUGUGAAGUUCCCGCCUCGACGUCGUUUAUCUUUCACAUUCGUAAUUCCAUGCGUUUCGGAGCAACGGUCUAGAUAGCUUUGAGGAUUCUCCGAUCUCUCGCUUUCACUCGAUCUCUCUAUUUUUCUGUGUCGUAGGCCCAAGAUCUGGGUGAGGGACCGAAGAUUUUGUCGACGCGACGUUUCGUAGAAGAGCAGCGUGGUUGGUCGAGCAGUUGAGAGAGAAAACACUGGCUGUGACGGAAAUGAGAGAGGAAGAAAAACGAGCAGCUAAGUAAAGAAACUGCGAAAGAAGAAAAAAAGGAGGAGAAGCGUGCACACAAAAAGCAGCGCAGAGGACACCCGAGUCGAAACGAAUGAGAAAACGCGUGGGAGAAGAAUUCCCGGCGCACAGUGCCACACCGAUAAACAAGUGGGUUGGCCGAGUGGAAAUAAUAAAAACAAAGUCGUUUGGGAAAAAGAUAAAUAAAGAAAAACAAGUGAGCGACGAAUGAGCCGCGGGAACCAUUAGUGUCGCAUUUGUCGGUGAACCUUCGUCGUGUUCGUUGCCCAGUUUAUCGCUCCUCGUACAGCCAAGGUUACUAACCCAAUUUACCCCGGUUCACUGCCAUUCGCGGCAUAGACUCCCAGUGGUGUGUGAGUUUCUCUAUCCAUCUCCGUUUUCCUCUUUACCACAGUGUGGUUUAAGAACAAACCAGUAACAAGCUCUCCCCUCCCAUCGGAGUCAGUGAAUUGAAUGUUCUUGCCUGGCAAUCAGCGACUUCACACAAGGUUUACAAGCAACGAAUAUAAUUAUACAGUGCAAGAGACAGUGAAGGCCCACGAGGCUCUCGCAGUUCAUUCGAUUAGCUAUCGAUGAACUGAGCCAACGCGCGCGUUCGGCUGGAAACCUCCGCGCGUACUCUGCCACAUUGUGAUCACUGGGAGCUCGGUUAUCUCAUCUGGAAAAGGCGCGGUUAAGUUCCCCAUUGUUUGUGAAAGUGUGAGACUCGAGUGGUGCUGUACACAGUCGAAAAAAGUAUCGCCAUGGCGACUGUCGAUACGGAUUUGGAAGAGAUGAUGUCCCAUCUGGGUGAGUUCGGGCGUUAUCAAGCAUGGCAAUACUCGCUCCACGUGAUAGCCGGGCUAACCGCAGGCCUGCACAUGUUGACUCUUCUGACGGUCGCGGCAGUGCCGCAGCACAAAUGUGUCGUGCCUGGUCUACGCGGUGCUCUGACCACGGACAAUUUAAAAUGGCAAGAUGUACCGUUGCCCCACGAGAGAUUGUCCCUCCAGGAGAACGCUUCCUGGUCGCAGAUGGACAUUCCAAUUAGUGUGGAUACCUGUCACUACCUUGAUCCGGAGGAUAACGUUACGAAAAAUUGUCAAGAGUGGGUUUAUGACACGACUUACUAUAAAUCGUCGCGUGGCAUGGAAUGGAAUUUCGUUUGUUCCCAAAGAUGGAUGGGUGCAGUGGCUCAAUCGUCGUACAUGUUCGGGGUUUUCGCAGGGGCUGUGACCCUCGGCACGAUGGCAGAUAAGUAUGGACGGAAAAUCAUCUUCUGUCUUUCCGGCACUGCUCAACUCGUUCUCGGUGUCCUGGUCGCUUUCGUUCCCGAGUACUACAGCUUCCUCGUCGUCAGAUUCUUCUACGGUGUAUUUGGAUCAGCCGGUGCUUACAUAACCGGCUUCGUCCUUACGAUGGAACUCGUUGGCGCCUCCAAGAGAACGGUUUGCGGAAUGAUGUUCCAGCUCGCGUUCGCAUGCGGGUUUUUGGUCGUCGCUGCAUGGGGCGCGCUUAUCAGUGAUCGCAUGUGGCUACAAAUCGUUUACGGACUCCACGGCGCUCUGCUCGUCGGUCAUUGGUGGCUCAUGGACGAAUCACCCCGGUGGCUCUGGGCUCAAGGCCGAGCUGUCGAAGCCGUUGAGAUAGUCGAGAGAGCUCUGAAGAUGAACCGGAACACCGUUGAAUUGGACAAGGCUAAGUACGUCUCCCGCAACAAGGCGCGCCACGCCUCUCGCGACCAAACUGUCUCUUACGGAGCGGGUGAUCUCUUCAAGACUCCUAAUCUCCGAAAGAAAUCUUUGAACGUUUGUCUCAAUUGGUUCGCAAAUUCCAUCGUUUAUUACGGACUCUCAUUGAGCAGCGGAAGUCUCAUUGACGGCAAUCCUUAUCUCGUGCUCUUCCUUACGGGGCUCGUGGAAAUUCCAAGCUACGUUUUGGCCAGCUUGACCAUGGAUCGGGUCGGACGCCGUUGUUUGGUCAGCACUUUCAUGUUGAUCGGUGGCGUUUGCUGCAUCACUGCCACUUCCAUACCUCGUGAUUUGAGCGGCGCCGUAAUCGUAAUCGUUCUCUUCGGUAAAUCAUGCAUCGCCAUAUCUUUUGCGGUUAUUUAUAAUUACACGGCAGAAUUGUUCCCGACGGUACUGAGAAACACGGCUCUCGGCAUUGGCUCGAUGUGCGCUCGUCUCAGCGGCGCCCUGACACCUCUCAUAAUGUUACUCGACUCCUUAAACCCACGAAUUCCAGCUACCACUUUUGGCUUCAUUGCCGUUGUCUCGGGCUUCCUGUCCCUUUAUCUUCCGGAAACAGCUGGCCAUCCGAUGCCCGAAACUCUUGAAGACGGCGAGAAGUUUGGACAGGGUGACACCUGCUUCACUACGUGCCUCGGCGGUGCACGAAAACAACGAAGAACCUAUGACAUCGCUCUCAAACAAGUCGACGGUGGUCUCAUGAAUGACGCGGAUAACAAAAAUAACGGUGUUCCAAUGGUAGAUAAAAACUCGGAGAAUGCUUGAAAAGAAACUCGAAAAAUUUGAUUGUCGAAUGACCAUUAACGUUCCUAUACGAUCAUUCGUCCACGAAAUUUUAUAUUUUUAUGGACUAACACUUUUACGUGUUUUGUCACACUCUUUGAGCAAAGAGUUCAUCCACUGUUCAGCAGAUUUUUGCUUUCUUCUGCCACAUUAUUUUUUUUUUUUACCAUUAAUUAAACAUCAACAAAUUUUCCUUUUUCAUUUGAUUCUGAAUCUUUGAGCUUCGAACGUGUAGCUUUUCACGCCAACGAAACAAGUGCCUUUUAAAAAACUGUGAUCAAAGUUCGCAUAGUUUCUAUGUAAUCAGUACGAAGGGAGCAAUGGUCGAUAAAGACUCCACUUUAUUACUAUGCAAAGAUUACUCAUCGUUGGAGGAUACAAAAGCGUACGAUGUGAUUAGUUAUUCGUGGCAAACGCGAGCAACAAAAAGUAUAAGUGAGAUAGGCCAAAUGAUGCAAUCCAAUACUCUUCAAUUGAAGUUUGAAUAUUCUCCUGAAAGUAUUUUUAAUAAAAAGGGAAGCAUUGGUUGAAAACGUACUCGCAAAUAGUUGUGACACUUUAAGAAGCAUUAGAUAAUUGUAUAUAUGGAAAUGAUUUUUUUUUCGGAGGCACGAAACUGAGAUUAUUUUUUUUGUUUCAUAGAUUGAUUACAACUUGGCAUACGUCGGUUGAAAUUGAAUUGUAGAAUAAUGUUCAAUAUGAAAAUUGUAAAAAUAUUGUUACCUGGACCAAAAUGAAUAUUAUUUUGAAGUGACAUUUUCGUAAACUAAAAUUAUUUUGACGAGCCAUUUUUCACCGUUGCAAUCUGGUUUCAUUACUCGGUCAAUGUACAGUCAGCCAAGUAACGUAAUUAUACAAUUAAUUAAUUAAAAAUUGUUCCACGUUAAUUUUGCUUAAUGCUUUUAAAGAAUGUUUUCAUCUUGCCACCACACAUAAACACUAAUUUCGGGAUUUCAAUCGCGUUCAGAUCCCGGACCGAAGAAAAUGUCUAAUUCGAAAAUGAUAUUCAGGAACAACACCCCGUGAUUUUUAUGUGAAAACGUAUAAAUACUUUUAUACUAUCGUUGAGGUCGUUCCUCACUUUAAUCAGCUAUAUUUUUAUCCUUGGUAACCUUCGUGAUGGUAAAAAAUGUAAUACCUGCGUAUAUUCGCGGACCGUAAAAAACGUAUUUGGUUCCAUUUAAUCCAACGAGAGUUGUCGUUUGGCAAGAGGAGCAACAACUUUUGAGAAUUUUGAGACAUUGCCCGAGGGCAUGAAAUGGGUUAGAUAUAAAUUUACACAAAUUUGUGUUAAAAAUGAAGUUAUUGUUGAGCAUUUGAACAAUCUCUAUGGAUAAUAAAUUUGUAUAAAUAUUAA